CGUCGACGUGCGAGCCGCAGUUGUCGUACGGCGCCGGCACCCCUCGCAGAGCAGACGCAGUGCGGCGCUGGCGGCCUACGCCUAGCUCGGCGUCCCGCGCCCUGUGUCUCCCGCGGCCAGCAUCCCCGCGUGGCUCCGUCUCGCUCUCUCCUCUCGCCCCUUCGCCGCCGCCGCCGCCGCCAUGAACCAGCUCGACCAGGACGAGAAGCUCAUCAUCGAGGUCCAGCAGUACCCGGGCCUCUACGACCAGAACAGCUACGACUACCGCGACCUGCGGAAGAAGGAGAACAUGUGGCAGAAGGUGGCGGACGCCCUCGGCCUGCACGCCCGCGAGUGCCAGGCCCGGUGGCGCGUCUUGAGGGACAAAUUUGUGCGUGAGAUGAGGAAGAACAUGAACCCGAAGAAGGCAGGAUCGAGCGCCCUGCAGGUGUACCAAGGCAGCUGGCCGCUCAUGUCGCAGCUCAUGUUCCUCACCUCGCAUGUCAAGCACCGUCCAUACAGACCGGGCAAGCGCGACACGUUCUCGGACGCGGGCGGCACUGAGGACGAGGAGGAGGGCGAGGCCAGCGACGAGGACGAGGCCGACAUGAAGCACCCUCCGGCCGCCUUCACCUACAACCUGACGCCGCCGCCGUGCCCCACGACGCCGCCCUCCUCCAAGCGCAUGAAGCUCGGCUCCUGCGACGCGGACGCCCCCCGCCUCGCCGCCGUCAGCAGCCACGGCGCCCUGGACGGGGACCUCCUGCGGGUGCUGGCCACGCUGCAGGGGGCGCGCCACGACGACGAGCAGAACUCCGAGCGCCUCUUCUGCCUGAGCCUCGUGCCCGUCCUCAAGCGCCUCGAGCCUGAGAAGAGGAGCGUCGCCAAGCUGCAGAUCCAGAAGGUGCUGCACAACCUCGAGUUCCCGCAGAUCAAGUUCGAGAUCUGA